AUGAAUGCAUUGCCGAGAUCAUCGAUUUCAUUCAGGAGGCAAGGCUCUUCCGGCCUCAUUUGGGAGGAUAGGGUUCAAGUACUCGAACAGAAGCGCGCUCUGCAGGUCACAAUUUCCAUUAACAAAAGUGACAGCCAAGAGCAUACUUCGAAUCUCGACGAAAGAUUUCAAGAAAGAAAGGAUGUUGAUUCACCUUCCCCACCAUUACCAGAGACAUCUGUACCUUCUAAGCCAGAAAAAGAAGAUCGAAGAUGUUCCUUUUCUACCCUUUUUGGUCGAUGUAUGCGGUCUCCUGCAACCUAG